UCGAAUUGCUCCCGAACUGCAUUCUUUCUCCAGUCUUCUCGUAAAGCGAUAUAAAAUCCAGCACGUUCGCGUUUUUAGCUUCAUUUAAAAGCGCGCGAAGGCCGUCCCACAGCUAUCGGGUGAUCGGCGCUCACCCUCUGCCAACUUUGUACGAAAUUAACCCAUCCUCGGAUGCGUGAAAUAAGACAUGAAGGUGAUCGACGGUUCGGAGAAACCGAACGGGCCUCUUUCGCCGGUGGAUUAUCAUCGCAGAACGCAUGCGUGAUAGAUCCAUCCUUCGAGGCGGAUAAACCGCGCUCGCUGAGCUAACGUGCGCCUCUUUGUCGUGCGUUCGUUGCGCGUCAGUUUCCCAUUCCGCUUCUUGCUAGGAGGACGCGCGAUAAGGAGAUCGCGGAAGUGAGCGCAAAAGUGUUCUGCGAUCGUAUCUUUUUUUUCGUGAGAUAAAAUUCCCGCUCCCCAGAGAAUCGGGAAGAUCUUGCUCCGCCUACUCUCUCGGCCCGAUAUUUAUAAACCAUCGGAGAACAUCGAUACGAUAUUUAUAAAUCAUCGGAGAACAUCGAUCCGAAUUUCACUGAAGACUUUCAUAAUUAUUUUUUGCGAUUCACUUCGCAAACGUUUAAUCGCGAUUGAUAUUGGGGUUUCCCAGAAGAUCCCUGAAAUAACAGGGGGAAUCUGGUUUUCUUCCUGAAGAAAAUUUUUACUGAGAAGAAAGCCGCUCUUUUUUUUGCCAUCGAUAUAUUUAUAGUUGAUCGAAGAUAUCCUGAAGUGGUUAUCGGUCUUAUUUCUGCUGGUGGAGUUAUAAAUAAAAUUAAGGAAUUAUCUUAUCUACAAGAUUACCUCGCUUCCGUUUUGAAACAAAUCUUUAAAUAUAUCUUACGAAUCUUUAUCUCUCUUUAUUGUUUUUCGUUCGGAAUACCAUUCCGAUAAAUCGCCAGGGGAACUUUCGAAUGAAUCUGUUCUCUCGGGAAUGAUCUUUACAAAUAAUCAAAAAUAACUUGAAUUGUUUUCGCUCUUGGAUCGAUCUUUGUAAAUAAGCUGUGAAGGUACACGAAUCUCUCCGGAAACGAUCUUUGUAAGCAAUCCGGGAAAACGCCAAAUUUCUGCGGAGUCGGUCUUCGUGAAACACCUUGGAGAACUCGGAAUUUUACGGACGGACUUUAACGACCGAGACACGGAGCUUCGCGUAACCGGCUUAGAACUCCGUUCAUGUCGCAGACUUCGAAGGAGGACGCCGACGCGAUGAAGGCUAACACGGCGGCGACGAAGAUCCAGGCCAAUUUCCGCGGAUAUCGCGUGCGCAAGCAGCUGAAGGAAUCCACGCAGCGUCGUCGUCAACAGCAGAAUCAGCAGGACUUGAAGCGGGAUCGGCAGCAGCAGCAACAACAGGAACGUAUGAAGCCGAAGGAGCAUCUGCUGAAGAGACAGAGCACUCGGGAGGCGCUCGAGGAGAAGUCGGCGACGAAGAUCCAGGCGGGCAUUCGCGGUUUCCUGGUGCGAAAGAGGCAGCAGGCCGUUCAGGCCGCGGCAACGAGGAUCCAAGCCGGCUUCCGUGGCUUCAAGACGCGGAAACUGCUGAAGCAAAACGGCCAGUAAGCUGUCCCUUUCUGGUGCGAGAGGCGACGUGGGACGUUGACGUGUGCAAGAGCAUUUUGCGGAUUCCUUUGUAACUCGGACAAGCCCUACAAUUGGAUUGGAGGCGAGAAAGGAAAUGACAAUUUCAAUUAAGUUGAUUACAUUGUACGCUUUUGAGACACUCCGUUUAUCUUUGAACUAACUUUGUUAAUCCUGUUGGAAACUAUCUCGGGAAUUGAUCGAUAAUUAGUGGAACGUUGCUUUACGACAAUAUAUCAUUAUUCUUAUUUUCUUAUUUCGAUUUUUUCCAUAAUAACUUUUAUAUGAGAACGAUGGCAAUUAAUAAUAAUAACGAAGAAAGAAGUAAUGGUCAAAGACAUCGUGCCUCGAAGGAA